UAAUACAAUCAGAUGUAGCCUAUAAAAUAAAUUUAAAUCUGACACCACAGAUCAAGAUGUCAGCUCCAUGCAUCCACCACUAUGGACAUCUAUCAAACAACUGGAAUAAACUCAAUUCCAAUUACAAUGCGCGCAUGCGCCACGCCACACUAAUAUACUUGUAAUGGUCCAGGUAAGAGGAAUGAUCAAAAUCCUGUUAGGUGUAGGUGUUUAUCGAAGAGCGCGAUAUUGUUACCCUUAAAUUUGAUAAAAUCAAUAUAAACUUCACGCCUUACAGGCGUGCAAGGACAGCAUAUUCAUCCAAGUAGCAACAGGUCGACCGGUCAGACCAUAGAUUUGACCAACGGCUUCAGCAAUGGCAUCAUUGUAAUAUCCAGGAAACGAAUGUCCAUGGUAUUCCGUUCAUUGUAUUAGUAAUAAUUCUACACUGGUCACACUAUUGCGGCGGUGAGCAGCGGCGAGGUUACCUUCGAACUUCCAUCUCCGGCUGUCCUUCUUGUCUUCCCAGUUGCUUGCGGAGGUUGAAAGUCUCUCAAUUCCCAAUGGACUACGAACGGAUUGAGCAACAUUCACCAACGAAAACAAUAUUUGAUCUGAGAGGGUGGCGGGUUUUCACCUGGUAAACUCAGGGCCAUGCUUCUCGGAGUGGAAAAGAGGAGGCAGGUUGAGAAGGAGGAGCUCGAGGCGAGGUUUUCCCUAACAUCUGACAUCGGAGAGGCAGAGAACCGGCGUACGAGCACAGUGGAGAACUGCAAGGAUGUGGAAAUUGUGAGCCUGAGUUCUAAGAUUCCAUCACAGGAAGAAGAUUCGCCGGACACAGAGAGCGUGUUGUCGGGGUUCGAGUUCCAGAGAGCGGAGCGUGCUCAGCAUCAUCGGUCGGUUCUCAUGCCGUCGUUCUCGAAGCCGGCACCUUCUAAGUGGGAUGACGCGCAGAAGUGGAUCGCGAGCCCUACUUCGAUUAGGCAAGGGAAAGGUUGGGCGGCGCAGCAGAAGAAGACCGGGUUAAUAGGGUAUUGUGGCAAGCAGCAGGCUGUGGCAUCGAAGGUGAUUUUAGAAGUAACGGAGGAGCCGGGCACUAAGAAGGUCGAUCUGUACCAGGGAAGGAAGGAGAUGGUCAGGAAGAAGGGGGUAACUGGAGUACCGGAGGCUUACUCUCUUGUGGACUGGAGCAUGAAGUCGGCUCCUAUGGUUGAGGACUCUGUGCCAGAUACUGCAAUUAGUCUUAGCGAGCGUGAUACUUCAGCAUCUGCUGUCAUUGGAACUACAUUCAGUAUUUCCCCAACAACAGUAAAAUCUGUUUCCAUGAGGGAUAUGGGCACUGAAAUGACCCCCAUUGCUAGCCAAGAGCCCUCUCAAACUGGAACUCCCGUGAGAGCAACAACACCUACAAGGAGCCCAACUUCUUCCAGACCAUCUACACCCCCAAGAACUGCAACUACAAUUGAAUCUGCUGAUUUCAAUAGGGAUAAAGCAUUGUCUGAAAAGGAGCUAAGAAUCAGAACUAGAAGGGAGAUAAUGGUACUUGGAACACAGUUGGGUAAGAUGAACAUUACUGCCUGGGCGAGCAAGGAGGAAGAAGAAACAGAUGCAUCUGCCACCUUGAAUAUGAAUUCAGUAGACCAGCAAUCCAAGAAUGUUGUAGAGGCUCGUGCUGCAGCUUGGGAAGAGGCUGAAAAGGCCAAAUAUUUAGCCAGGUUUAAACGGGAAGAAAUCAAAAUUGACGCUUGGGAAAACCAUCAGAAAGCAAAAACUGAAGCUGAAAUGAGAAAAGUUGAGGUUGAGGUGGAAAGAAUGAGGGCUCGGGCCCAUGACAAGGUUAUGGGCAAACUAGCUGCUGCAAAACAUAAAGCCCAGGAAAAGCGUGCUUCAGCCGAGGCAAGAAGGAACCAGCAAGCUGCAAGAACAGCAGAAAAGGCCGAAUAUAUCCGAAGAACUGGACGUACUCCAUCUUUCUCCUGUUGGGGUUGGUGCUUUUAAUUAUGCUCCUGUAGAACAUCAACAUAUUCAUUUUGGUAUAAUUUAAAGUAGUGCCUGUGAGACAUAAUUAGGCACUUGUUCAUAGAUGUGAUUUCUCUAUAUCCUCUUUUUUUGUGAAUUGCAUUCGUUCAUAUUCAUGUAAAUGUGUCUAGAUGAUCAUGCAAGCCUUUUGUUAA